AUGAGUUCUCCCGGCACGGAGAGCUCCGGCAAGAGCUUGCAGUACCGGGUGGACCAUCUCCUGAGCGCGGUGGAAAACGAGCUGCAGGCUGGCAGCGAGAAGGGAGACCCCACUGAGCGGGAGCUACGAGUCACUCUGGAGGAGAAUGAGCUGUGGCUGCGCUUCAAGGAGCUCACCAACGAGAUGAUCGUGACCAAGAACGGCAGGCGGAUGUUCCCCGUGCUGAAGGUGAGCGUGUCCGGCCUGGACCCCAACGCCAUGUACUCCUUCCUGCUGGACUUCGUGGCCGCCGACAACCACCGCUGGAAGUACGUGAACGGGGAGUGGGUCCCCGGGGGCAAACCCGAGCCGCAGGCCCCGAGCUGCGUCUACAUCCACCCGGACUCGCCCAACUUCGGAGCGCACUGGAUGAAGGCGCCGGUUUCCUUCAGCAAAGUCAAACUCACCAACAAGCUCAAUGGAGGGGGGCAGAUCAUGUUGAACUCCUUGCACAAGUAUGAGCCUAGGAUUCAUAUAGUGAGAGUUGGUGGCCCUCAGCGUAUGAUAACCAGCCAUUCCUUCCCAGAGACCCAGUUUAUAGCUGUGACAGCUUAUCAGAAUGAGGAGAUCACAGCUUUAAAAAUUAAAUACAAUCCGUUUGCAAAGGCUUUCCUUGAUGCAAAAGAAAGAAGUGAUCACAAAGAUAUGAUGGAUGAAGCUGGAGACAAUCAACAGUCUGGGUAUUCACAGUUAGGUGGCUGGCUUAUUCCUGGAACUGGGAGUCUGUGCCCCCCCUCCAAUCCUCAUGCUCAAUUUGGAGCACCUCUAUCAUUGUCCUCUGCUCACAGCUGUGAAAGAUUCUCAUCGCUGAGGAAUCACCGUUCUGCCCCUUACCCCAAUCCAUAUGCCCAUAGAAACAACUCUCCAACCUAUGGUGAUAAUUCCUCGGCCUGUCUUUCCAUGCUCCAAUCCCAUGACAACUGGUCCAGUCUAGGAGUUCCCACACACACUAGUAUGCUGCCCAUGAGUCACAGCACUGGCACAUCUACCAGCUCCAGUCAGUAUCCCAACUUGUGGUCUGUGAAUAACAGCACCAUCACACCCGUGUCUCAGUCAGGUGGGAUGGCCAAUGGACUGAGCUCCCAGUUUUUGCGAGGCUCUACAGCACACUACCCACCCCUUCCUCACUCUGUCACUGCCUCCUCCUCAGGAUCUCCACUGUAUGACGCUGGCACACCAACAGACAUUUCUGACAGUCAGUAUGAUACCUCUGCACAUAAUAGGCUGGCAUCCACAUGGACUCCUGUCACACCACCUUCCAUGUAAACCAAGACCUUUCUUUAAGAUAAAGACAUUGUAGCUAUUUAGUUACUCUAAAUACUGAAUCCACAAUGAAGUCUUGAGGAGGGGAAAAAGAGACAUGAAGUAAAUUAUAAACAAAAAGACUGCACUGCUUUUGUGUAAAGUAAUUGAAUUAUACUUCUUACAGUAUAACAGUGUAU